UGUACCCUGAAGGAAUUCAAUGAAUAUAGGCAGUACCUGACCUCCCUCAAGCUGGAGUUUGAGAAACACUACAUCAGAGAACAGAAAAUGCUUGAGAAGCAGAUCACCAAGCUCCAAGACACUCAGCAUCUUCCAGAGGCCGCCGAUACGUCGAAAUAUCGGGACUGGAUGCUGAAAGAGGAGAGGCCCACAAUACAGGAGCAGGAGACCGUGAUGAGGAACAGAUAUUUAGAGUUGAUUAACCAGGAGCUGGAAAAACUGGAGCAGCUGGCAGAAGAGAACCGACAACUCGCCUUGGCUCAGGACGACAAAAAGAAGCAAGGCUUGGAAAAACGCAAGCAGCUCCUCCUACGGAAGAAAAUGGAAGAGGAAUGGAGGAAGAAGGAAAUGCUGCUCCUGAUGAAAAUCGGUGAUGACGUUAAACGGGAAGCAAGGAUUGAAGAGCAGAGGAGGAAGAGCAAGGAAGACAAGCUGAAAAGGAAACAGAACAUGCUUGAGAAGAAGAUGGCUCACCACUUGAGGAAGCUGCAGGAACGCUUCCAGAGAGAAGGCUUCUUGCUCCCUCCUGACAAGAUGGUCCACAUGAUGGACGUCGGAGAUCGGGGACCCCCAGCUAAAAAACAAGACUCCUCCUUGCCCAAGACAAGCACUGAGGAGACCAGUAAGACCUCAACAAUUGAGAGGAAGUCCACCAGCCUCCUGGACAAGAAAGGACCAGAGCUUCGAAAAGUUCCGGGAGGAAGCACCAGUGCGACCAGGCUGGGGAGCCAAUUGUCCACUGCCAAAGGGAAGAAUGGGACUAAGCAGUCCAUGACAAGCCUCUUAGCCCUGCCCAAUGCAGAGGAAGCCGCAAGCAAGUCUGCCGCAUCCCUGGAGCAUGAAGGUGCUGUUAGCGAGAGAGACCUACAGAAGGAGAUUCUUGAAUUGGAGCCAGUGGGCGAGGCCAUCACUGGUCCAGGCGGCGGCAGCAGCAAAGUUUCCUUCAGCUCCGCCAAAGACCUCGCGUCGCUGACCAGUAACACCAACCCGCCGACAGAGAUUGCCUCCAGUGUUGCAGAAAGCAUGAAUGAGAAAAUCACACCCUCUGUCUCUGGCGGGGUCAUCAGCAACGAGGGUGGCGUGUCAGGCUGUGGAUCGGCCGGUUGCGGAAGCAAGGGGUCCUGUUGCGGAUCGGCCGGUUGCGGAAGCAAGGGGUCCUGUUGCGGAUCAGGCGGUUGCGGAAGCAAGGGGUCCUGUUGCGGAUCAGGCGGUUGCGGAAGCAAGGGGUCCUGUUGCGGAUCAGGCGGUUGCGGAAGGAAGGGGUCCUGUUGCGGAUCAGGCGGUUGCGGAAGCAAGGGGUCCUGUUGCGGAUCAGGCAGUUGUGGAAGCAAGGGGUCCUGCUGCGGAUCGGCCGGUUGCGGAAGCAAGGGGUCCUGCUGUGGUUCCGGCGGAUGUUGCAGCAACAAGUCUGGCUUUGGCUCAGGCCGGUUGUACAGGCAUAGUGGGAAAGUGACCGGUGGCUACGAUUCCAGUGGUGGCAGCAGCAGCAAGCACGGAGGCAGCGGCGGCAGCGGCAAGGUCCCCGCCGACGGAAUGUCCAAUCGAUCAUCCUCGAAGCCUUCCAACAAAGCCAACAUCUCUUCAGCCACCCCCCAUCAUACUGUUAACGAGGGCUCUGGCAAAGGGAAGCAGAAGAAGCGAGCAACCUUAAUGUUUGCCCAGAGUGAGAAGGAAAGUCCGCCCAAGGAGAGGAGCUCAAGCAAGAAGAGGAGAGUGGAGAAGAGCAAAAUAGAGCGUAUGGCCUCAACAUCUCAGGAAAAUGAGGAUUCUGAGUCCUCUUACUCGGCUUAUAUCCACCAACUGCUUUCUACUUCAGACCAGUCAGGAAUCCGGGAAAGCCUAAGAGGAAAGAUCUCUGCUCCGGAGCUUAACAGCAUCAUCCAGAAUAUAAUGACCUGGGUCGUGUCGGCCGUCACCAGCAUCCUCUACCCGGCCCUCACCAAGUUCGAAGAGCGGGUCAGGACCAGAGUGUACACCAUCUCCGAAGAGUCUGUGCUGUCCUCGGACAACUCUAGCAGCUGCAGCAGCUGCAACGAAGACCUCUACGAAACCUACAGGACCCUCCCCACCAUGUCUGCCAGGAAGGUCAGCUUCACGGACACCAGUAUCAAGCCCGCCACCUCGAGCGACCUGCGGACCAUCAGCGGGAAGCCUGCUUCCCUGCUCUCCUCCAAGUCCUCCUACACCUCUUUUACCAAGAGCACCCAGGUCUCGCUGGACACUGACCUCAUCAAAGGGAAGCUGAAGAGAGGGAAGACGGCCAUAUUUCUGUCCCCGACCAAGCACUGUGGGCUGCUGUCCACCACUGCGAGCAUGCGCAGCUCCAAAUCGGACAGCCAGAUCACCCAGAUGCAGAAAGGUCCCGUCGACAGCCCUGAGAAGCCGGGCGCUUUGUAUCACGGCAAGCGCAAGUGCAUGAUGUCGAGGGGUCUCUUUGGCAAAGAUACUACAACAACUACCACGACUGGCACCACCACCACGGACACAGAAGGGCUUUCCUUUGUGGAAGGAGAACAAAAGCCUCCUCCCCAUGGCCCUAUAGACCAGAGAGAGGGCAUCUGCUUGAAGGACCUCAAGAGCAUUUUUGCCGAGCUGAAACUUCCCCUCACCAAAAUCAUGGCCAUAAUCCUUGACGACGUUUUCAAAAUGAUACUGGUGGACCAGGGCUGCUCCGUCAGCAUUUCCGUGGAGGACCUCCUGGAAUCCAUCUCCGAAAGCCUUUUAGGCAGCCCGCCCUCAGGCCAGCCAGUGGCCGGGUCAGUCUCCAGGAUCGCCAGCUUUGUGGCUGCUGACAUUGUGGAAAGCGUGCUCAGCAAGUUGCACUCCAUCACUCAGAAGAAGUAUUUCGAGACCAUCUCCAAGGACGGCUUCAUGGCCGAGUGCAAAGUCAUGUGCGUCAUGGCGUCCGGGAAGCAUUCUGCACCUGACCCGUCCUUCUGGCGGUCUCGGAUGCCCCUGUCCCUCGAGUCGACGUAUGAGAUUGCGGAGGAGAUUGUCCAGAUUAUCAUUGAGAAGCUGAAAGUGUUUGCCACCUCGAGCCAAACAAAAGUGUCCCAGUUUGAACUGUGUGCCAAGAUUAAAGCCAUCGGGAUGCCUCUGAAUCAGCUUUGUGCAUCAGUCCCACCGCACACGGUAGAGUCUGAGGCAGCCAACGCCCUAGUGAAGGACACAAUCCGCAAGAUAGUUUCCAAAACGGUUGCUUCCUCAGAGACAAACCUCCUCCAGUAUGUGGAAGAGAUGAUUGCCAGCAUCUUAAACUUCAUCCAGAGGCAAAUGUGCCCGGAAGGGACGCUACCUACCAGGGAGAGCUCAAUUGUCCUUCAGCUCAUCAAUGACGUGUUCAACAGCUUGAGUACAGAAAAACUCCAGGGUAUUUAUCCAGCAGCAAAACCGAGACCUUGCCUCAGAGUGGAGGGGGAGCUUCCCAGCCGCGGAGCUUCUCCUGAUCCCAAGGCCGCGACGGUGAUGGGAGCCACACAUGUGUCAGGUGAGAAAUCGCCGAGGAAGCCGUUCUCUCCCGUUAAUGUCCCCGGCAUGGUCAUUUAUUCUGAGAUGGAAGCGGAGGAAAAAGAGAAAAGGGAACCCGACGGAACUUUGUCAUCGGUCAACAAGGAGCGGCAAGUGCUGCUGACAGAAGAGGCCCCGGAUAAAGUAAGAUAUGAAAGCUUUGGGCUGGAAUCCCGGCAGUGGAACAGACUCAGCCCCAAAUCGGCUGAAGCGGAAAAAGAGGGCAGGACCGAUGCAAAAGGCGCAGAAAAGGACAUGGAGCAUUUCGUCCAAGAUGCCAUUUUCUCGUCUCUCGGAGGUCAGCAGAAAGGACAAUGGGCCACAGCUGGUGAGUGGUCCUUGGAGCAGGCCUUGCAGAAAAUGGAAGAGGACUUCAAGGAGGAAGAGCAAUCUCCGAUAAUCCGGACCGUGUGGAAUCUCUUGAACGAAAUGUUCCAGCAUAUUUGGGCUGAACAACCAGUUUGGCCCCCUGGCCCUCCUCCUCCGUCUCUUGCCCACAUGGACAUCAGUCGGUGCCCGCCUGAAGAGCAGCCAGCCUCCAAAGGGCACACUGCCGAGCUCAGGGCUCAGGCCGUGAUCCCAGACGCAGACGUCAGCACUUUUGCCUGCGAUCUGGUGAAGACGGCGUUCGAGAAGAUCUCGCGCGCCACUCAAACUGAGGCGGAGGGCAUCCGAAACAGGCACUCGAGUCUGAUUAUCACCGACAUCUUCCCUCUUAAUGUACCUGGAGACGCCAGCAAAAGUCCACCGACGGUGCAUUUCAGAGAACCAGAGACAGCUUGUCAGUCAAGACUUGCCCAGGAGCAAACACAGACCAGCCCCACAAGCACUGCAGAAGAUUCAGCCAGGGCUAGCCAGCCCGAGCAUCACCUUCCACCCAAAUCAGACCUGGCUAAUGACCUGGUGCAAACAUUUAUCUCGAAGCUGGAAACCUUUGUCACCUGCAAAGUGGAAUCCCAGCUUUGCUCAGACAUGAAAAACCUCAAAACGUGCAUCAGUUCAGACUUCUCCUCCGCCAUCCAGCAGGAACUCAGGCGGAUGCUGGCGAAUCAGUGUGGGGGUUUGCCCAGCUGCUUAGAAGGCAUUUUGAACAGUUCUGUUUUAGGUGGGAAGGAAAAGGCACUGCGGUCGUCUCACGCGAACUUAAAACCAUAUGCCCAGGAAGUGGCCAAGAUGGUGCUGAAGAGCCUGAAGCAUGGGCUGGACAGGGAAGUGGAGAAGAUUUCCAUGCCUCCCGUUAUAUUCUCCGAAAGCAUUGCCGCCAGCCAGAUCGUCAGCCUGGUUUUGAUGGUCUUUGCCCCUUCGGAAGUGCAGUGCUCCUUACGCCGGCAAGAUAGCAUUUUGGAGAAGCUUUUCAGGAAGAACCCUGACUACAAAAGAGAUAUCCAGGCCCAAAUCCAGAACACAGUUGAGAUGUUUUUAAAUGAAAUCUACCAGACUGUCAUGUUGGAUGUGGGAAGCGCUUCACCUUCUCCCUUGGCCACCGAGAAACUUCACACACCUGGGACUUCUAAGGCAGGAACGCUCAGCGCCAAGAAAGUCCCCUCUGCUCCUUUGGUGGGGAAACCCGACGUCUCGCUGGUUUCCAAUGACGUGGUGGACAUUGUGCUUGACGAUCUAAGCUCUGGGCUUGCAACUGUUCUGAAUACAAGGGGAGCCCUCUCUGACCGACUCCAGUGCCUCCUCUUUGACCUUAUUCAGAGGACUGUUGAGCCUCUCACUCAGCUGGCUGGACGAGAGGCCAAGGGUGGACUCAGGAGCCAUUUCCUGGAUCACAAAGCAGAUCGCCACAAAGUUCCAGGCCUGACAAAAGGCAGAAAGGCAGCAGAGUUUGGGUCCAAGCAGCUAUCGGAGUUGAAGGACUGUUCCCCAGAAAGGAUGGCAAAAUACUUAGUCGACAACAUUUCCCACAGGCUGGAGCUGUUUGCCGAGGAGAAACUGGAAUCUGAGUUGGCCACAGAUGGUCAACCGAGAGCUGGAGAGGGCAAGGCGGGCAGCCACCGCAAAAAAGCCAAAGUUGUCAUCCAAGAGUCCCUGUCCAACUUGAGACUCUGUGCUGAGAAACUGACCAGUACCAUCCUGAAAGUCAUCCAGGCGGACCUGGAACGGGAGAUGCUUUCUUGCCAGAACAUCAUCCCGUAUGAAGAAAACGCCUCUGCCAAUGAGCUCAUGAAUGACCUGCUCAAGAUUUUGUCUGUCCAAAUAGCUCUGACGGAAAACGAGGUUCAGAAAAGGGUUCUGAAAAGGAUUUUUAGGCAGCAGCCGUCGGGGCAGAAAGGUUUCCCACUGGUGACAGGAGUCGAAGAUGUCCUCAACCAGGUGACCCAAAAGGUUGUGGGCGAGUUGGGCCACCUACCGUCUUUUUGCACCGACUCCUUAUGCUUUGGUUCCGAAUCAAAGUCUUCUGCCUAUAAUGGGAUGAUAGAUGCCAUCUCCCAGGCAAAUGCCGGGAGUGUAGCUGGCGAAAUUGUGGACAGCGUGUUCACGAAGAUCUACUCCAUUGUCAUGGAAAUGCUGUUUGGCUCAAGGGAUGUGGACAAUUCAGGCAGAAAAAAAGACCCAUCUGUGGAGGCAUCUUCCCCUACAGGGAAAUCAGAGAUCCAGAAGAUGACUCUGGCCCUUUCCCAACUCCACCCUACACCACAGACCAUUGGGGAAGAACUGGUCCAGAAUGUGCUAAACAAAAUCGCCUGCUUUGCCGCAUCCAAUUUGGAAGAGGUCCUCCCACAGUCUAUGCAUCAGAAGCGGAGGAGGCACUCCGGCUUCCAGUAUGAAAUGCAUGGUGGUGACGGCAUGGCAGGAAAGCCCCAAGCCUUCUCCGACGACUCCGAAACCUCCCUCAUGAGAGCGAGCUUGUGCAAGUCAGACUUGACAGUGUACGCAAAGGAUGUCGUUGGCAAAGUCCUGGGAACCAUCAUUGACGAUUUCAAAACCGAAGAUUACCAUCGGACAAUACUACGGGUCAACACCUUAUCGUCGGAGCAGAUCUCCCUCGCGAGUGAUCUGGUGCAUUCCAUUGUGCAAGACCUGCACAUUGAUGGCCCACAUUCUCACGUGCACCAACACACCACCGCAAAGUCUUUCAGGAUGGACAACGGGCAGAUGUAUCUCCAGAUUGAGUCGACCACAAAGGACAUCCGGGGUAAACCCAAGUGCCUUUUCUACGAGGACUUUCUGACUUACCUCAAGCAAGUGCUCCCCAAGGAAGGCAUCUUGAAAGACAUAUUUGAGCAGCAGCCGCUGACCGACGCGAACAUCAACGAAACCCUCAAAAUGCUGCAAGUGGCAGAGAGCAUCGUCAGCGAGGUUCUAAUGAGGACCCGAGAUCUUGAGUCGUCUGUUUGCAUCCUGAAGAAGACACAGGGAGAGCUGAACGAGAGGCUCUUCUGCUGCAGUUUCAAGAGAUCGGAGGCACCGGGGCUUUUCCACAGUGAUUCCCAGGCCGAGAUCGGCUCAGUUGCCAGGGACAUUGUAGCCAGUGUGUUUGAGAAUGUGCAUAAGUGUCUGAUGAGCAGCAUUCCUGCUACGUCAGACGGGUUCCCGGGGAGGAAAAUCCCACCCAAAGGCCGAAAGAACCGGUUCACCCAACCCGACUUUCCUUUCUAUAAUGUUUCACUGAAGGGGGCCAUGGAUACAAUUGACAAGAUAGCCAAGGAGACAGUGGAGUGCACCGUCCUCAUGCUGGAGACCUUUGUGGCCCGGCAUUUCAGGCGGGACUUCCGGUGCAACUUUUUGGAAAUUGUGAAAUUCCCGCUGGAGAGCCUCUCGUUUGCACAGUUGACCCGCUCUUUGGAUUCUAUCUCAGCCCAGGUCGGGAAUGUGGCGGAAACUACGAUGGACGGCUUUCGGAACAAGUUGCAGGGGGAGAAAGAGAAAGGAGGGCUGCCAACUUUGGGCUCAACCCAUAACUUCCUGGACUUCUCCAGGCUGGGCAGUGCUGCCACCAAGGAGUGCAUUGAGACGGCCAUCCGGCAGGUGCAGAUGCUCCAUGCCGAGUUGAACGUUUAUGCCAACAACGCCGUCAGCAGCGUCCUGGAAAUUAUCAAGCACACCUUGGAUCGGGAGCUCACCCAGAAGGAAGCCACCCUGUUCUGCAGCUCCUCGGAGAGCCUUGUCCUGAGCGAGACCAUCAGCGUCAUGCUGGACCGCUGCAACGAGAGCCUGACCGAGAUCACGUCCGAGCUGAUGGUGGAAAACCUGCAGCUGGAGAUGUCGGGGCGGGCCUUUGGCAAGGACAAAACCCUCUUUCAGGAUCUCGCCGCAUCGCCAGGCAAUGUGAAAACGACGUCCAAGAAAAUCAGGAGGAUAGACACAAGGGAUAGCUUCCCCCCGAUCAACAUCCCUGGGAUGGUGAUCUAUUCAGAAGAAGAGGCCGAGGUGCAGGAGGAGACACCCUCCAAAUUCCCUUCCGUCUUCAGGUAUUCAGAGUGGGAUGCUCAUGUGGGGCCAGAGAGGCACCAGUGCUUGCCUGGUUGCCUGUCAGCCCCCAGGGUGAGGCCUUCUGGAAGACGGAGGCAGGACAGGGUCUCCAACAGAUUCCGGCUGGAUUUCCCAGAGGACGACUGGCUCCCCAGGCAAAGCUCCAUCCCUGAGGGGACCAUUUUGGAAAAGCUGUUUAAGAAAACAGGGGACUGUGAGGCUGUCCCAAGACACACUAAAACUGGGCACCGGGGAAAGCCUGGCACCAUGCACCAGCACCAGCCCUUUGCCAGAGGCCCUGCACCAGAGAGCGGCUGCUGUUCCACCAUCUGCCCUCUGAAGCUGGGCCACGCCGCCGAGGAAAUUGUCAACACCCUUCUCUGCGAGUUUGGCGUGGAGAGUGAGUCCUUGUGCUAUGAGAAGAACACGCACCUUUUCCCGCUGAGGGAGGGCUCCAAGCCCGGGGCGCACGGCUUGCUCAGCCGGUGGGAUAAGAGGCAAAGCGAUUCCAGCGAAAGGGCAACGACGGAGGAAAGCUGCUUCUUCAUGCAGGAAGGGAGCAAUUUGCUUUCCAAAUGGGAGAGCAAUCAGUACAUCUUCAAAAGCAAGAGUCCGGACAGGCAUAAAGACCUGGAACUCCUCGCCUGCUUCCACGUUCCAGACCUCUGCGAGAUCCAGACGUUGGCCAACCAUAUUGUCCUGAGCGUCAUCAAGGAGCUGAUCGCCUUCCGGCCAAAAGAUGCUUUGGAUGAGAAGGGUUACAGGGCCUCUUGCCCAGCGUGGAAGCAGGAGAUGAUCCAGUCUGAAUCAAGGUGGCUCCAGGAACGGAUCUGGAGGAGCACCUACCUGCCCCACUGCAAGAGGCAAUCCUCCUGCCUCGAUGUGUUUUGGGAGCCCUUGACCCAGACAGUGGUCUCCAACGUCAUCCGGAGCAUCCUGAACCCCUGUGCCCGGCAAGGUGCCAGAGAGAGAAGCGAUGGCAUUGAGACCAGCCUCUCCAUGUUCUGCUCAGUGGACUCUUGCUGCCCUGAGCAUGGAAUCAGGGGCCCCAAAUCGGCUCCCGUCAACAUCAAAGAGCUGGCGUUCCACAUAUCCGAGAGGAUCCUGAGCAUCUUGUGUGAGAGGAACAUCUUGCAGGAGACAGUCAGCAGGAAAGGCUUCCUUACGAGGAAGUCAAGGUACAUCUGCCUGCCACCUCUCUGCCUGGCGGACUUUGACGAGGUUUACCACCCUCUCGUGAAGGAGGUUGCCCACCUGCUGUGCCUGGAAAUCGAAAUCAGGUGCAAAUCCAUGAGCGAAAGGAAAGCUCGGGACGCACUGCCCCAGCAGCAGCCCUACUUCUCUCGUUGUGCCUGCGGAGCUUCCAGGGGAGACUGCCGAGGCCCCAGCGACAUCAAAGGGGUGGCUUGCUUGUCGGCAAUGGACCAAAUUGCCCACAAGAACCAGCGGCUCAGCUGCGUCGCUUCCAACCUUGACAGCUUCAUCCGCAGCUUGAAGUCCACCGAAGCAAAGCAGGUCGUCAACAAAGUCCUGCACAUCAUUUUGGACUCGAUGUGGCCUGGUCAGCCUCAGGGCAGUUUUGCGGGGCACUUCCCAGAUGCCCGAGCUCAGAACAUGUCGCCGUACCAUGACACAGACCUGAUGCCUAAGAGGCAGAACCUUUAUUCGUCUGUGUGCCCGCAUGCCUACAGGCUGGGCAAUGAGAUCUUCAGCGGCAACCUGGGACUCUCACCCAAAUCGGUCGUCCUGCUGGACGUCGUGAGCGAAAAGCUGAUCCGGACCCUCUUGGACAAAUGCAUCACGACAGACCAUUUCACUGGCACCUUUGCUUUUGACGAGUUCCCAGAGGACGAGCAGUUCUGUGACAUCCGGAAGAGUGCCAGCGACGGCGAGCUCUUCCAAUAUUCAAGCAGGGAGGUGGAAGCCCACAAGACGGACUCUGCCUCCACCAUUUUGACAUACGACAUCCAGUACAGCGAGGAGCCCUGGGUGGAGCCUGAGGCAGGGGUGCCUUCCUAUGAGUCAGCGCUCGACAUGUUGGCACAUACCCUGGUGAAACCGGUGAUCACAGAGCUUUCCCACUGCAUUGAUCAUCCAGGGCAUGGGAAACUUUACUCGAAGAAGGCCGUGGGGUUCUCACAGGGGCCCUGCAAAAAGGGACGGGGGCAGAGCUUUGGCAAAAAGCACCCGCGAAGUGGUAAAAGUGACAUGUACCACUCAUUGCCGAGAGGCAGGCGGCCAGAGUGGAAAGCGCCCGUUUCAGGGAGGCAUCAGGCCCGCAAGAGCUUGCGGGACAGGAACAAGACAGUGCUGGAAACGGCCAUGCAGCACAGGACAUACAGUUCCCGGGCUCCGAGCGGCAAGCAUGCGAGAAGGAAGCCUCACUCUGCCACUUGCAACGUGAGGACUUACCGGAGGGAAGUGGUGACCAUGUCGGGACGUGGGGAUCACAGGCAGUUCCACCCAGAGUUCACUACCAUUUACUCGGCGUCGUUCCUGGAGGAAGUCAUUUGCCAGCUGUUGUUCAAGAUCUUCUCUUCGCUGCAUAGCAAAUACAACCGGGACACCUGCAUCGACCUCCAGGAGAUGAACACCCUGUUUAUCAGUGCCCUGGUGGAAGAGUUUACAAAAGCUGGCGUGCGGGUCUUGACAAGGGCCGAUGAAAAGGCAUACUUCCCGCAGGUGGACAGUCGAACGGUCAGCAAAAUAGUUGACUCCAUCUUAAGGGAGUUUGGGUUCCAGCUGGCUGCCGACCGAGACAUAGGCAGGGACAUUGAGUCGUUGGCUGAGAGGGCAUCUGAAAUUAUUCUGACGGAGAUUCUGGAUUACCAACUGCCGCCGGUGGUUUGCCGGAGGCUGCCGCGGAAUGCCUUUCGAAACAUCAAGGCCGAACAGAUCAUCCAGAAGGUCGAAUGUUGCAUCUGCCUCCCCAAAUUCCAAAAGCGGCAGCAGCCGACUCCGGCGUACAUUACUGUCUUGUCUCAGAAGUAUUUGGAAAGGGUUGUCAACCAGAUGGUGAAUCAACUCUUCCCGCCCUGCGAGGGUGCGAAGCGAAAGCCAGGGAAGAGGGAGGUGUCAGGAACAGAUUUUGAUGAGCUCUGCUCCUACAUGAUCAAACAAGUGAUGGCGUCCAUUUCCAAACACAAAAUCUGGGUGGCCAAAAAGGACGCCCCCUGCCGUUCCCAUUCGGAGACGGAGAUUCAGACCAUGGUCAAUUCUGUUUACAGGUAUAUGCUGGAGAAGGCUGGCUCACAAGAGUCUAUACAGAAAGACAUCAAGCGUCGGGAUAUGGAUUUUAUAGACUGCAUGACCAGCUUCAUAAUUCAGGAAAUCACAAACCAUCAUCUUCAGAGAUUCGUCUCUAAAGAGGAGUCCUCUUCAGGAUGCCCCGACCCUGAAGCUCUGUCUGAGGACAUUGUCAGGACUGUUCUGGAUAGCCUUGGGGAACCCUUGGGUCCCUGUGGAGGAGUUUUCCCAGCUCGUUUCUUAGAAGAAAUUGUUUCCAGAGUUUUAGCCAAUGUUCUGCCUGUUUCCAGGGACAAGAAAGAAUCAAGCAAAGGGUGGCAUGAAGCUGAGUUGGAGAGAAUUGCAAAGCAAUUGGCCUGUUCAAUCAACUUGCAUUUUGGUAAGGCUGCAGUUACCGGAGUCCCGAAAGAAGAUGAGCCGAGUUUAAUGGGCCCCUUGAUGGACAUUGUUGUCCAGAAUGUGGUUGACUCUGUGUGCAACAGUUUGAUGAAAGAAAGAGAUGUUGCUUCGCCAGACGACCUCAGCAGCGGGAGACAGAGUGCCCUCUUUGACAAGAUUAAGAGAUUGGUUGAAAAAGGCAUCUCUGAUUAUCUUCUCCAUCCACUGUUUUCUGGAGACUUGCCCAAGACUACACCUUCAACUCCGUUCCACGAGUACGUUUCUGAAACUCAGGAGGAAACUGAGAGCCGGUCUCCAUUCAGCACCUUCCUGUCUUCAGGAUUCCUGAAAGAUUUAAUCACUGGACUGUUGUCAAAAAUCUUCCCUUCCACAUCCAUGGACAAAAGGCACCUGUCGGAGUCAGACUUCAGCAAGCUCUCCACCCAGCUGCUCAACGAUGUCCAGAUGAAGCUUUUGAAGCAUCAAAUCAAGGUUACAAAAGACCCAGAACAAUGUGAGUAUUCGGAGGAAGAUGUCCAGAACAUGACCGAUUCCUUGUGCAGCAAGAUCAUACAGAAAUCUGGCUCCCUCGAAGCCGUCCAGAGAGAUGUGAAGAAUAAGAGCAAAAGCCUGAUUGACCGAAUUGCCGGGUUCCUUGUGGGUGACAUCCUGCAGCAGCAUGUCCAGCCUUUUGUAGCCAGGCAGGAGUCUCCUACCUGGGACAGAGCAGCCGCAGGAGACUCCAUGUCAAGAUUCGAAGUGUACAAAACCACCGUCAAGCCCUUGGACCUGCGGCAGGCAAGCAUGGCGGGGAAGAGAGGCCCGUUGAAUCCUUCUUCGUUCCUAGGAGAAGUCAUUUCUCAGCUGAUAUCAAGGAUCUCCAACUCUUUCUCGGACACCCCUCUAAGUGGUCCCGGGGACUUCAUUGGAGACACAGCUGUGAAGCUGGUGAAGUCACUUACAAAGGAGCUUACGAAAGCUCAGCUGCACAUCCAAGAGGGUCCCGAGGAGCCGCCCCUGGGCCCCCUGCCAGAAGGCAGAACCUACAAGGACAGCACACAAGACCUGGAGCCUGAGGAACAUACUGAUGAAGAGAGACAUGUGUUGUCCCGCCAGACAGCCACCAUGAUAUUUGAAAGUGCCAUCGAUCGCAUGCUGGGGUCAACAGCAGGUCCGCCUCCUGUGGAAGAAGCAAAGUGCCUCAUCCAUGAGAUACUGGUAGUGGACCAGGGUGUCCCUGGAGCCAAUGCUUCACCACCCUACUCCACCGUGCUCUGCUACCCAGUCCUGGAGGCCAUCGUUGACAGGCUGCUCUUGCAGAUUUUCCCAUCUCCUUCUAGUAGCACUGCAUGCCUAGGGCAGGGCGAAGGUGGCUUUGGCUCUGAAAUGAGCAGCACAAUUGCGCAACUUAAGAAAGACAUCCUGGACAUUGUUCUGAAGCAGGCCAUCUGGAUCAGCACUUACGGCAACAGGGGAGAAGCUGGCAUUUCAGAAGAAGCCAUCGCGUGCAUGGUGGACUCUAUCUACUGUGACGUCUUGCACGAAGUGAUGUUGCAGCAGCCUUUCCCACAAGACAAAGAGAGCCUGCGGAACUUGUACGUCACUCAGAUAGCUUGCUUCAUUAUCAACGAAAUGUUUAAGUAUCAUCUCCAGUCUACGACAUCUCACGAGGCACCCUCUUAUGUGGACCCUUCUGCCGGAGACUCCCUAAGCUCCUGCAUGACGGUCUUCCCUUUCAUUCUCCUGGAGGACAUGCUCAACCAGCUCUUGGAGAGAAUAUUCCCCACUCCAGAGAGCAUCAGCGCUUGCGUUGGCAACCAGGUUGACUUCUCAGAGACAGAUUUCGCCGAGAUGGUCGCCAACCUGAAACAUUAUGUCAUUGCAGAGAUUCUGGCACAUCAAAUCCUGCUGGGAAACACCUCGGGGCAAACUCCAGAGAUGGACGAAGAGACCAAAGAGGACAUCGCCUGUUCAGUUUACAACCAGAUUUUGCAGAAGUCUAACUCCCAAAGCGAGCUUCAGAGUACUCUCAAGGUCCAAGGGAACAGCACCCUCCGUGAAGUGGCCAAUUUGCUCAUAAGGGAGAUUUUGAAUUUCCACCUCCACCCGUUUUUAGACAGCAGUGAUUCUGCCACCCGCGAAUGUGCUAAAUUGCAGAAGGAAAAGAAGCCAGUUUCUCAACGGAUCUACUCUGCAGCCUUUUUAGAGGAUGUUGUUGUGGCUUUCUUUUGCAAAAUCUUGUCCUCCCCAAACUUUUUGGCAUAUUCCAAAGACUGCUGUUUAUCAGAGUCUGAGAUGAGGGAUCUAGUUACCAGGCUAGUCAAUGCUUUAGUGUGCGAGUUCAAAAGAUCAGAAGUCAAGGUCAUUCAUGGUGCGGAGGGAGACCUCCCUCUCCCAAAGAUUGUUCCUGAAGAAGUGAUUCAGAUAAGCAACUGCAUCUAUGAGAAGUUGGUGGAGCAGCUUGGAUCGGAGUGUGAGAUUUUUAAAGCUUUCCAAAACGAAGGACAUUCAUUAGCAGAAAAGCUAGCUCCACUAAUAAUCAGAGAAAUCUGUGCAUACCAGCUGAUGCCUUUGCUUACUGGGGAUACUUCCCCAUACCUGUUCUUGUUUCUGGAAGCUGAGACAAUCCUUGACCGAGUGGAGACCAUCCUCCCGGACACCACACCCUCUGGCUCCAUGUUUGGAGAGAUGUUCCUUAAGAUAAUGCACAAAAUGUUUCCGUCAUGGGUCCCUGGAAGUUCGCCAGAUUCUCCUUUGGGCAGUGUGGGGAAGAGAAGUCCUCCCAGGAAGAAAGCAAGAAGAAAACCAUCUCCCGAGGCAGGCAAAAGUAUCCAGAGCCUCAUGGACGAUAUCUGCAAGGCCGUCUGCGUCAAACCCGGGUCUCUAAACCAAAACUACGAAUCCACGGAGGAAGAGAGUGCAGCAUUUCUCUGUCAAUCAAGGCCAGACUAUCCACUUCCCAAGUCACACUCACCUCCUGGAAAGUCUCCCCUUCCCACCUAUUCUACACAAACAGACCGCUGGACGAUCCACUACGUUAAGCCACACUCUCCUCCCAGCCAACUUUUGUCUCCUGCUCCCACCACGUCCGCAAAACCAGACUGCUGGACAAUCUACGAGGAUAAGAUGCCCUCGCCUCCCUGCGGAUCUCACCCUCCUCCUGCCUUUCCUGCAGAAGCAGAUGACUGGACGCUCCAGCGCAAAAAGCCAUACUCACCUCCCAGUCAACUUCCGCCGGUUCCUUCCCCCAGCUUUUCUGCAAAAACAGCUGGCUGGACGAUCCACCACAUGAAACUUGGGGAAGGGGAGGUGCAGGCGAUGCAGUUUGAGGAUGGAGGAGGUGCUUAUUCCUCCACCUUCUUGAAGGACAUUUUUAGCGGGCUGAUAAGCAAGCUGCUCUCGUCAACAACCAGUGUGUGCCCGGUGGAGAAGAAAGAGGCAGUGCCUGUGGAGGAGGAGUCCUCCGUCAGAAAUCUAGUGGAAUCCAUUUUAAAGGAGUUUGCCAAGUCCCCGGUUAAGGUCCUGCAGGUCCCCACCAAAGGGCAGGGUUUCCCAUCUGUGGGGAAGACGGACGUGGCUAAAGUCAUCCAUGCUUCUCUGUGUGGCAUCUUGCAAGAUCGGGCUCCUGGAGCCCCUAUCUGGGCAGGCAAGGAAAGCAACCAGAUGUUAGUGGAGAGAUUGGCCAGUGCGAUAAAGAAAGAGAUUCUAGGAUACCAGAUCCAGGGGCUGCCAAGGGCACCCCAGAGCCAGGCCUCAAAACCUUUUGAAAUGGGAGAGAUGGCAAAGAAAGUGUUGAUGGAAGUGAAGAAGAGCAGCACUCCGUCCCCAGUCAGCAGUGACAGACCAAACCCGGUCCUGGUGUCUCAGAGGUUCAUACACGAGGUUCUCGCAAUCCUCUUGUCCAAAAUUUUUCCCCUCCCCACGACAUCGUCCGAUGACACCGAGGAGCAGUGCGCAGAGUUCGAUUUCAUUCACAUGAAGCUCCUGAGCAAUGUGAUGUCAGAGAUCUCCAAGGACAAGAACGCUGAGGUCCAGUACCUUGACAGGGUGCAGCCCAACCGUGUCGUGAGCCAAACGGUGGCCAGUACCGUCUACCACCAGAUUUUGCCGGAGUUUGGAACUGCAUCGGCCAUUGAGAAAUGCAUCAGGACAGGCUGCACGAUCCUUAUGGAAAGGAUCACUGACUUGGUGAUGAAAGAGAUUUAUGGGAACCCGAUGCAGGCGUACUUUUCGGAGGAGCUCGGCCGACAGCAGGAGGCCAUGGAAGCGGAAAGAAACCUGGAGGAACAAUAUGGGGGUGGUCCUGAGGGUACAGAGCGUGAGACACCACUGCGAUCCCACCUCAAGGGGUUGUCGUCCAUCAUCAUAGAGGAGGUGGCUGCUAAAUUCCUCUCAAAACUGUUCAAUGCCCUCCCUGUGGACGACUUGGAUACAAGGAGUGUUGCCUUAAUGAAGGAGGUGGGCAGAAAGAUGAUCAACUCCUUGCAAAGUCUUCUUUCAAAGAAGAAUAUGAGAGUCUGGCAGCACGACGAAUUGGAGGACUUGGGCUCAGAAGACAGCCGGGCAGUUGGGGAGGUUGUGGAUUCCGUCUACACUGACAUCCUCAGACAUUCCAGCUCUGAAGCCUCUAUGUACGAUGACUUAACCAACAAGAAUGAGGAUUUUGUCAACCGGGUUGCCUGCUUCAUGGUGAGUGAAAUCUCCGGGCGCGAUUUCCAGUCGACCACGAACAUGGAGGACGAGUUGCCCCGCUCUAGUGCGGAAAUAAAGCUGGAAACAGACAAGAUCAUCGAGAAAUUCCUUGGCAAUAUUGGGGCAAUGGAACCCACAGAGGUGCCCCUGGUCACACAAGUGCCGGUGGCUUUCCUGGAGGAGAUCCUAAGCAGGUUGCUCACGAAAAUCCUACUUGCCCAGAAUGACUUGGGCGUCCAAGAGAAGAAGGCUUUGUCCAAGACAGAUGUCAACGAAAUCGCUUGCCAGCUGAAGACGUCCGUGGAGAAAAAGAUGUCAAAGAACAAAAUGGACCUGGUGACCUACAGCAACCAGCCAGAGCUGGACCCCCAAUACGAGGAGAAGGUCGACCACGUUGUCCACAGCGUCUUCAGCAACGUCCUGGAGAAAUCCGGGUCCCAGCAAGAGCUGUAUGACGACGUGACGACCAACAAGGUCCUCUUCCCUGAGCAGGUGGCCAGCAUCAUCAUCAAUGAGGUCUCCAGCUGCUCCAUCAGCGGCAACCCUUGUGACGAAAACUUAGAGAACGAGACCGUCAGUGCCCUGGAACUGGACCGCAUUGUCAGCAAAGUCUAUGCUCGGGUCAGCUCCAUCGAAGAAGAGGACGAGGACGAGUUGGAUUUGGCAGAUCUGCCCACUGUGCCCGAAGAUCCGGAAACCCUGCUGCAGAAGAGCGAUAUGCCAGUGAAAAUCAUCCCCUGCAUCGGGCACAAGGCGCUGAAGGUCGACCCAGAGAUCGUCGCGGAGCACUUAGCCGUCCUGUCCAUCAAGACGGAGCCCCUAGAGAAGCUGAAAAAGACGUGCAUGUCAAAGAUGGGCAUGAGCCUCACGGAGCUGAGGAGAGCCUCGAUGUCAGGGAAGAGUCUCUCUAGUAACCUCGGCUUUCAGGAUCCCAACAAGAAGAAAGAACGGAGGCCCUCUUUGGAUAUGGCUGGGCGCCUUGGGGUGAGGCCGAAGGAGGCGGUCUGCAGAAACUCCUUCCAAAGCCUGAUGAGGCCAGACAUCACGAAGGUCGAGCUCCUGAAGGAUGUGGAAAGCAAGCAGGACCUGAUCCUCCGCCUCGUGGCUCAUGACAUCGAGGACAACCAACCUGGCAGGGCCCCUCACCUCAGUGAUAUGGAGAUCGACGGGGAGGAGCAAGUCUUGAAGGAGCACAGAUCCUUUUACUUUGAGGUCCCGCCUGCGCCCAAGCGGCGUGAAAGCUCACAUUCCACGCGCAUCCCAAGCGAUCCUCUCCUGACGAAGACCCCCAGCAGUGCGAGCCGGAAGAAGAGUUUGUCCCUGAGCAAAUGCUGCCCCCCUUUGACCCUGUCCAGCAGCAGCGGUGAGGCCAAAGAGAAGAAGGAAGGCCCCCCUAUCCCACAGAUUGAGGUCACAGCCCAGUCCACGACCAGCCAGGUGCAGAUGGAUGCCCAAACCACCAAUAUGCCGAGCCCGCCCAUCACCGAAACAGAGGAGAGCAGCCCUGUCACCUUUUCCAGCAGCACCCCCCGCACAACCAGCGUGGGGCCUUCAUCGACCUCCGACAGUGAUAGAGAGAAGAUUCUGGAUAAAGCUGCAGUCGAGAUGCACCUCUCCCGGGACACCGAAGCAGUCUCAGGACCCUUCGAGAUCAUGUCUGUUUACCAGGACGUUCCAGAGUAUGUCAUAGAGUACGAAGCACAUCAAGAGGGAACUGCCACUGAGCAGCAACCGCCACUCCAGCAGAAGCCCUCCGUCUUCGAGAAAGUCUCCAACGCCUUGUCCAGAGUUUUCUCCCGAACGUCCGCCAGCAGCCUGACCCACCCCAGUACGUCCCAAGAGAAAGUCCCCAGCGACCAGGCCAUGACCGAACCCAGUACAUCCCAAGAGAAAGUCCCUGGCGACCAGGCCUGAUGACCAAACUCCUCCUACUCCUCCUCCUCCUCCACCUUUAUACAGCUGAGAGAAUAAAUAUUUUCUUCAGAAA